AUGGCCCAGAGCGUGGUUUACGCUGACCUGAGGUUUGCCAAGGUGCCCGCGGGAUGCAGCUCACCCUGCCAGACACUGGAGACCGCCCUGUGCGAGGACGAGGCGGAGAGCCCCUACGAGAACGUGCAGCCGGAGCAGGCGCCCACCGCGCAGGACGGGCGGCCGGCCCAGCCCAGCCCGGGGCGCUGGCGCCGGCUGCGCUCGGUGCCCGCGGGGCUGCUGGCCGCCUGCCUGCUGCUGCUGGCCACCGCCCUGGCCCUGGGGCUGUGCUACUGGCAGGCCGCCCGCGGGCUGCAGGACGCCUCCCGCGCGCACGCGGCCGAGCGCGGCCGCCUCGCGCAGCAGGCGAGCGAGCGGGAGCAGAGCCUGGAGCAGGCGCAGCGGGAGCUGGCGGGCGCCCGAGCGGAGCUGCAGCGCGCCUGGCUGGAGGGCAACGGCAGCCGGCGGGAGCUGGGGCAGCGCGACGCCGAGCUGCAGCGCCUCGCGGAGGCCCUGAGGUCCGCGGAGAAGGAGCUGCGGGACGCGCAGGGGCGGCUCGAGGCCAGCGAGCGCGCCGCGAGCAGCCUGCGCGCCUGCGUGAGCACAGGUUGCUGCCCCUCGGGCUGGGUGCUGUACAGCGGCAAGUGCCUCUUCAUCUCGGCGGAGAAGAAGACCUGGUGGGACAGCAGGAGCGACUGCCAAAGUAAAACCUCCGUGCUCCUGGUGCAAGGCCCCUGGCCGUCGUGGACGCUGCCGGCUUUUGUGGCAGCGCCGGGUGCCCAGUACUGGGUCGGUGCGAUAUAUCCAAAGUGGAAAGGGCCAUUUGUUUGGAUGGAUGAGAACGCCUACGAAACAUCACACUAUUACUUUAGCUGUGGAAAAGCACAGUCUGGGGAAAUACGGAGUUCCUUCUGCAUGGAUAAACACCCGUGGAUCUGCGAGCAGGCCCCAGAGCCGAGCAGUGCAUCCGACAAGCUGGUUCCUCUCCUCACCAAGGGGUGA